CUCUUCCUUUCCAGUUCCUUUAAUUGCUUCCACUUCCCAUGUGGUGCCAUGUCCAUGAGUCUCUUCGACAUUAGUUCUUUGAUUGGACUACCCUGCACAGGGGAAGAAAUUUUUGCACUCUUGACUAGGCCACUGGGUAUAGAAUACAAUAACAAAGAUCUGAAGCCUUCCUUUCUAGCUUUCGUGAGAUUUGCUUGUGACCAAAGCCCUACUAAAAAGUUUAUCCCAUUAGUCAAUGCUUUAGCACUUGCUCCUGUUCUGUUUGUUGUACCAAGUCAAGAUCUUCUUACUUACGACUUAAUGUUUAAAGAUGCCAUAGAGAAUAAGAAGAGUUUUGAGGAAUGCUUUGGAUUUUUUGCUUCUCUUCACAUUGAUAGACUUGAUGCAAAUUUUACUGUGUUUCUAAACAGAUCUCAUGGCCCUCCUUGGUACAAGGCUGAUAUUUAAUCUUCAGAUUUCAGAGCAUUAUGGUUUGUUUGUGUGACUUCUUAGGAUCUAUUUGUUGGCUACAAUUUGAAUACCCUUAAUUCCAAAUGUAGAGUUGAGCUUUACACACUGAACCAGUUCUAUCGAUAGCUUGGAUGUUGCUAAGACAUUCCAUUUUCACCUCUGUUUUCUUUUAACCACAGUUACCCCCUUUGCUUUGUGAUAAGAGAAUAAGACAUUUUAACCAUA